CAUAAUAGAAAUCCAACAUUAAAUCCCAAACUUUUUUUCUGCCUCUCGUCUCUCUUUCGCCUGCUCUCCCUUUACACCACCCCCAUCGUCGAGGCGAACUAGGCACACGUACUCCGCUUCAAGUAGCUUUGUUGCGUUUAAUUCUUUCGCCAAUUACGGCUCGAAGCUGUUAAAAUGAUAGUUUAAAUGGCCAUGUGUUGCACCGUAAGUGUUUAUGGUAUGGAUUUGAGCGCUAGGACGCGUCAAAAGGGGGUCUGCUGGGCGGCGAGGGAGGAGGGGGUGCGAGUGUUCCUAACACAUCUGUAAGCGGAGCCCACGUUCAUUAAUUAAAUGGCUUUAGUCCGGCUAGGCCUCAAUUUGCGCUGUUGAGCAGCAGUCGGCGGGCGGUGCAACACUAGAUGCCCGAUUGGCAGCCCACAAUCAGAGGGGAGGAGUCUGGAGAGCCAGUGUGCAGUGAAAAGAAUGGGUUGGCGAAGUGGUUGUGCCCCCUGUGCCAAAAAGGGCAGUCAGACAGAUCUUCCUUGUCUCUACAUCUCACGGAGCAACACAGCGUACUUCCAUCGUGUGUCAACAGACUGCUGGACAUUGCUGUUUUAAAACAGGCUUCCAGUGGAGAAGAGGACAAAGGUGCUCAACAAACUACAGAUGCUGAAUCUUCGCGACUAAAGGACGAAGCAGACGCCAGUACAGACCCCUGCCAAUCCAGCGAGUGUUCAGACGCUACCCAGACGCUUGGAGACAAAGAGAUGGAGGAAGAGAGAAUAAUGGAACAGGAGGGAGGUGAAGCAGAGCCUGAGCCAGAAGAGGAGGGAAACCCACUCACAGGAGCCAAACAGCAAAAUGUGACCGAAAACACAGAAAGCCCAGACGAAAAGUCAGUCGGCAAAAACGGUGUGCCAGCUGAAAAUAAUACUCGGUCUUUCAGAUGCAAUGCCUGCCUGGAAAGUUUUUCCAGUAGAACUGCCUUGAGUGUUCAUUACAACUCUGCAUCCCACAUUCAGAGAAUGACCACAAGCCCUGCAAAGCAAGGUGCAGAAAGUAGUCCCCAGUCUCCCUCGCUUUCGGUCUUGUCGCGGCCGUAUAUAUCAAACAAACCCUACCAGUGUGCUGUAUGUCGAGUCUCUUACAAUCACGCCAUCACCCUCGAGAGCCAUAUGAAAUCUGUUUUGCACCAAACCCGCAGCAGAAAUGCUGGUAUUGUUGCUGCGAACAGCACAGCGGCUGCUGCUAGUCUGAGAGGUGGUGCCACCAGCGGUCCAAACGCUGGAAGUGGAAGUAGUCAGUUAGUUCCUUCCAGCAACUGUGCUGCUCCUGGGGCAGUUUUGGUGAAUGCUCCACAAGAAGAACAGACUCCAACUUCCCAAGUGACUCCCUCCCUCUUCACCUCUCCUGUGGCCUCAGCUCAGGCAGUCUCAGCCUUUCUCACCCUUCUCACAUCAAGUCCCAGCACCCUCUCGCACUCCCUCCUGCCUUCCCUGUUCGCAGCUGGUGCUGCUUCUGGCACCGCUGCACCUCAGCUCGUGCCUCAGCCUCAAAUGGUCAUGCCCUUGAUCUUGAAUGGGCUCCAAGCCCAAACUCAGCAGCACCAAGAAAACCAGCAGGGCCAGCUCCUUACCCAGUGUGUGCCAUUCGUAGGCCUCAGCACGGCCCAACAAGCCCUUUUAACCCAAAGACUUAACAGCUUACAGAACCAGUGGCCCUCCGCAGGACUUCCACCAAACAUACAGCCCUCUCAGGAAGAGCAAAAGCAAACUGUAAAGUGUGAGGGAGAGCAAGAGAGGCAGGACGAGACAGUGGAGAAGGACUCAGAUCAAAUGAAAGCGGGACAUAUCUGGACUUCCGAAAACAUAAAAGGAGAGAAACCUAAAGGAGAGGGUAGUAAAGAAUCUGCACAGUGUGCAAAUUUAGAAAGCAAAGUGAAAGUUGAGGGUAAUGAGGACAAUGCAAAGGAACGUCGAGAUAGCACAACAGAUGGAGACAGCUCCACAAAUCAGUUGGACCUGGAAGGUGAUAAAGCAGCUAGCCUGAAUCUCUCCCCAGCGCGCACAGAGAAGAGCCUCCGCAAUAAUAACCCGUCGCCUUCUACAUCUGUGCCCAGCAACUCCAGCCUCAGUCCUGUAAAUUUAAACCUUACGCUCAGCCCUGAUUCUACCCCUCAAAAAUCCCAAUCAGGCACAAGCCCCUGUGGCACUCCAAAAUCCAGCCCGUGUACAAAUGCCUUAAAUACCCACCAAACUCAUCUCAAUUGCUCUACAGCGGUAUCCAGUUUUCCAGACCUGCCGGUGCUGUCGGAGUUCCAGUCUGAGGUUCUCUGGGCAUUCUUUGAGUCGCGUAGCGAGGCUGAUGCUGCGAGUCCUCCCCGUGAGGACUGCGAGGCGCUAGGUAGAGAAGUAGGCCUUUCGGAAGUAGAGGUACGAAGGUGGCUGACCCAAGCCCGGCAUGUGAAACACAGGCAGAGAGCAAUGGAGUCCGAACACCUGGUGGGAGUUGUGAAGCAUGGUAACGGAUCUGAUAAUGACUAUGAUGAUGAAGAAAGUUCUUUGAUUAUAGCAGAAGGUGAGGAUGACGAAGCUUCUUGUAGUCAGGCCAUAGAUUUGUCAAGUUCAAGAGGGAAACACAGACUGAGAGAGGUAGGAAGGGACGGGCAGGGAGAUUCCUGCCUCACCUCUGACUCAGAAAACGAAGUGUACACCUCUGUUAUUGUUUCUGAUGAGGACAGUCAGAGUGAAGUUAUGAAAGAGGGUCCUGAAAGUCCCGCUAAAGAUGAGGCACAGCGGGAAACUUGCAGCGACAAGGGGUCAGCUGGAGGAAAGGUGCUGCGCUCCACAACUGUGUUUCUCUCUGAUGCAGAGGAUGAGUACGAAGAGGAGGAGGGCGGAGGGGGUCAGAGAGCCAAGAGAAAAAAACCAAAAGGGGAGUUUGAGCGUGAUGAGGUGGAGGUGAAGAAGGAGAGGCCGGACCCAGAUGUCGACUUAGAGUUAGAGGCCCAGGGGGACCCUCCAAGUUCACAGACCUCCGUUGAGAUUCCAGCUGGCGCCCUACACUCACUUCCCUUAUCCCUCGCGCCCUUUUCUACACAGUUUCUCAGUCCCUAUGUUUUGUCCCUGACUCCCUCAAUGGUUGGCGAUGGGCAUAAAAUACCCAUCUUUACCAAUCCCCCAAAUAUCACACGUUUUCCAAACACUCUUCUCUCACAAACUCUCUCCCACAACCAAAAUGCUCACUACCUAUCCAACGGGGAUGACUGUGAGUCUGCUCUGGAUCUCAGUAUGGGGAAAAACAACUCUAAAUUUCCCUCUUCCUCCUCAUCUCUUGCUGAUACCAUUGCAGCACAGAAGGGACAAUUGCUAGAUGGACUUGGCCUACGUCCCACAUCCAAAGGGUUGGUAGUAGUCCAGGUUAAACCAGAAUCCCUCGGUGCUGCAGUUCCUUCCAACAGCCCCAUGAGUCUUGUCAACUGCAGCAAUAUGACAAAGUCAAACAUUUAUGUGAGGGCGGCAGAGAAAAUGAAUGCUGCGAUUUUGGAAAGGGAGAGGGAAAAGGAGCAGCAGCAGAGGAAGUCAAAAGGAAAAAGGUACCGGGAUAUGCGCCGCUCAAGGACCAUCAUCCAAGCUGAGCAACUUGACAUUCUGUACGGCUGCUAUUUCAAAGACCCAAAUCCUGGGAAACAUGAGUUUGAACAGAUUUCAGAGUGGGUCCACCUUCCAAAGAAGGUCGUUCAGAUUUGGUUCCAGAACAUGAGGGCGAGAGAAAGGAAAGGUGAGGUCCGAUUUAUCAGUGACGGGACUCUUGCAGCAGUUGGCAAACCUCUGAUUAAGUUCACCUGGCCUCUCUCCAAACCCAUAUUCUCCAAUAAGCCUGCUCCAAACAGCGGGUGCAUUACAACAGCUCCAAUUGUGCGCACCCUCAUAAAGACGGAAAGAGAGCCGGUGAAGGAGCUGGACAAACCAGUCGUGGUGAAAAAAAUAACCCCCAUUCCCAUCAAGCCCAAGGAGGUCAUCUCUUCUACCACAGCAUCUCCUGUGAGCAGCAGUGCUUCUGCAGUGCCAAAGACUAAGCUUGAAACCACCAGCAAUGUCACUAUGGUUAAAGUUGCACCCAAAGUAAAUCCCCCUGCCCUCUUGGCACCACCCAAGGAGCUAAUUCCAAUCGCUCCCCGACCGGUCCAGAAAAGAAAGCUGGAGGAGGAGAGUGAAGAAGAAAAGACUGAUGAGGAGAAUGAGAACGAGAUGAGACCGGGGACGGCUAACCGGAUGGUGCCGAAGCUGCCAACAACUCCCAUCAACAACAGGCCUUCAGCCACAACAGUGGUGCCACAAAAACAGAACGGGCUGAACUAUUGGACCCCAAAAGUCCCCAUUAAGAUUAACACCCUGUCAAGAGAACAGCUAGCACUUCCAACACACACACCUCCUCGUACAAUCCCCCUCCUCCCACCCCCAGCAUCGCACCGGUCAGCCCAAACAACCUGAGCUCCGCCAAAGUGGCCAGCCCCUCCACCCCGCUUGUAGCUAAAUCAAGCCCAACGGAAAGCAGCUUCUUGUCUCACUCAUCCAGCCGCAGACCACGCACUCAUCUGUCCUGCCUACAGCUGUCCAUUCUGCAGUCUUGUUACGAGACCUGUGCCCACCCCAACGCCAUGGAGUGCGAAGCAAUCGGCACUGAGCUCAACCUACCGCUCAAAGUGGUGCAGAUCUGGUUCCAGAACACAAGAGCCAAGGAGAAGCGCUGGAGGCUGCAGCAGGAGAAAAUGCCUCCUCCGUCAGGUGGAAAGGUGGACAUGAGCUCAGGAAGCUACCUUCAGUACAGUGCUCUCAAAGCAAACCGGCCUAUCCUGCCCAAGCCUGUUCAGCUAACGGUUACUGAACCCCCAGCCUCCCCGGUGCCGGGCCAGCCGGUGCCAAAGGAGACCCUGACAGGCCACUGCGACGCCUGUAACGUCUCCUUUGAAUCACGGGCUGCGGCUAGGGCCCACGUCUUCUCCUCACGCCACCUGGCGACCCUGAGAACCACUAACUUUGGCCAACCGUCGGCACUCGUCAACAAAAAUGGAAGCGGCAACAGUGGACUGCCAGGCUCACAGGUGUCUCUUUCCACUACUGUAACCAGCUCCGGAGCCGGUUCUGAAGGGGAAAUAGUUGUCGAGUUGCCUCCCUCGACGGCCACCAGCAGCAGUUAAAGACUCAGAUCACAUUGACACACUGACAAUUGUUGGACCCAUUUGGGCUCCUCGGAUUUUAAUAAACAAAUUUGAGCACUAAUCCUCUAAAACUAACAUUUUUUUGUUAUGUCGCCUCCCCCCUGUGCCCUCUAUCCUUUCGCUCAGCCUUGACUUGACUUGAUAUCCGUUAAUCACCUUGAAUCAAAGACAUGAGCAGACUCUUCCCAUGCUGCUUGUCACUUCAUCAGUUGCAUUCUGAUAAGUGAUUAAAAACCCUCUCAAAGUUCCCUCAACCGUCACAACUUUCUCCCAACAGUUUUGGUCCGAACCCUGUGGUUAUAUCUAACUUUUCUUCCUAUAAUUUGUAAAGGCUGUCGACUCGUCUUGCUUGAGCUGUUCUACCCUAAAGACUGAUGCAAGCAUUUCCUUUUUGGCGUUGGCCACGGUGGGCCCGCUAAACGCUUUUUUGGGAUAAUAACAUGAGUUACUCACACAAAUAACUCCCUGUUUGCUCCUGUGGAAUUGUUUUCUCAUGCCUACUUUUGCUUCUAGGGCAGAAAAUUGCUUGGAUAUGACUGGACUGAACCAUUGGGAGAGAAAAACCGGUGUUAUCUGUCAUUUUUUUUAAUUUGCUACAGGAUCUGAAGAGUGUUGUCUGCUCAUCUGGGAUAUAAAAGAGGUACUUUAGAGAGACAGGGCCUGUUGAAUUGUCCCCAUUUACUUGUUCAUUAGUUUCAUGACAAUCCAAAUAGGCUGCGCUAAAAGAGGUUUAGGAAAGUAGAAUCUUUGGCAUACCGCACUUUGACACAUUUUUCUUUUAGACAUGUUUUUAAGCAUUCUAAUGCUGGUGUCUUUUUAUGGAAAGAUACAGUAAUGCAUGUUGAAUGUCUUAAUAUAAAUCAUUUGAAAUAAAUUGAUUUCUGUUUUUGCCUAAUCAAAUGUAACCUGCUUUAGGUUGUCAGUGUAAUAUUGUGCGAAAAUUAGACCUGGGUUUUUCUAAAUGAGAAAGAGCUGUGUUCCAAAAUGCUUUGACGUCAUGCUUUUUGGGAGGGGGAGGGUGUCUCUGAAUGUCUGUAUUUAAAUAAUUAGCAAAUCCUGCCUGUAAAGUCAUCAGCAUUCUUUUAGCCAAGGACUAUAAUUACAAUCACUUGCUUUUGCAUUAUUUCUAUGAUGCUAUAAAUUUCACAUCCACCCAAAUGCGUAUGUCACAUUUUGGAACGCGGCUCUUCAGAGCUGUUUUGGGAUAUAAAUGUUUUACACCUACCGGAGAUGUUUUAGAAACACAAUGGCCUUAAGGGUUAAAUGCCACCAGGUUUAUAAAUUCAAGCCCAGCAUAUUCUCUAAUUUGUGAAUUUCACCCAUACGUGGCACUGAGGGUCAUUUAAUAUCUUAUAGUGCUAUUCUUUUAAUAUUGUGCAUAUGACAUGCCAGAGUAGUACUCAUUUUAUUAACUUGAGUGUUUAUAUGUGUGACAAUGAAAGCAAUUACAACUGGCAUCAAAUUUUUAUUUAGGUCAAAGGCCAAUCCUGUAGGAUUGACAAGAGCAGGGCUUAAAAUGGGCUGUUUCCUGAACAUGUUUUCCCCUGAUUUUAGUCAGUUUGGAAGUCAAGUUGGCGAUUUCUGGUCAUGUAUGUGCUGUGAAAUUAGAUGUUUUAUCUGGAAACCAUGACAAGGGAGACAGUUGGGUAUUACUAGUAUCCUCAAGGGACUAAUGGAUACUCGAACCUAGGAAGUAAAUUAGGAAAAAUAUAAAAUGUGCUGACUGAGAGCUAAUAAGAUGGUGCUGUGUUGAAGGACACAUAACAAACUAAAGAUGUUUUCCUUCAAUUUAAGUUGUAUAUUAAUGUUACUAUUGAUAGUUUUAACAAAAUGCAAAACUAAAACAUAAACUUUUGUAAAGAAAUAUAUAAAAAAAAAUAACUGAUAUUCCAAAGUAAUCCUCCCUUUGCUUUCUGUCAUUCAAAAACCAAAAAGCAAUCUUUAGGUCGACAGAGAGCAGGAGAGGUGUUAAUGCAAACUGUAAAGGACAUCCCACAGCUUGACUCUUGCACUAAGUCCACGAUGUUUUGCACAAGCUACAGGCAUUUCAGAUGAUCACAGCCAUCACCGCAACAUGAGUUACUUUGUGUGGCUUUUGAAACAAAGAGGGUAACAACGUCCUUGAAUGAGUGAUAAUGUGUGCUCCUGUUAGAAACUGUAUCUUGUGUGUAAAGCAAGGACUGGAGUGCUUGAACAUCAAGACUGGGAUUUUACACACUUACAUAUACACACUUGUGCACGCGCACACACUCAAGACACGGUGUUGCACUGUCCAAACUAGAUACGUUUUUAUGGAGAUCUGCUUUUUAUUCUCUUAUGUUUCAUUGUCACUUUGAUUAUCACUAUUGUUAUAACUGUACUACUACUUAUACAAUUUAUUACUACUCAUCACUGUUUUUGAUUAUUAUGGAUCCAUAAUGGUUUUAAAUGCCACCUUUCAGCUAAAAAAAAAUUAUGGUAUUCCUAUGGAUAUUGAACAAUAAUAGUGGCAGUGUUGUUAUGAAUUGUUAGAUUUUUUGAUUAAGCUUAUUUUUCCUCCUUACUUGUACCUGCCUUUUUGUGUUUGGUCUCCAUUAUGCUUUCUUUGAUAUACUGAAAAAGAAAUAAAACCGGUUGAACAACAA